AUGAAAACGAGAAACACAACGACGACGACGACGACGACACUCGUCACCGAACAACACAAACAAGAACCUUCUUGGGGAGACUUUGUUGAUGAGAAGGAGGAGGAGGAGAAAACAUUCUCCUACGCAACGGGGGUUUCGCCCCGUGUCAAAAAAAGCGACCAAAAGACGACCCCCAAAAACAAAAAAAAAACACGAGCCACGACGACGACGACGACGACGAAAAAAUUGACCACCACCACCAAAAACAACACCAAAAACACCGCCGACGCGUUGAACACCAUUAUACCCGAGUUUGAGUACACGCACACACAAACGAAAAAUGCACUGGAGGAUGGCCCGUCGUCUCCUUCUACUUCGGGGUAUAAUAUAAUACGAUGGUCGUUACCGCACGCGGAUUUUUACAUCAACGAGCGAUACUUGCCGAAGAAGAGCAUAGGGAUAGGCGCGUACGGGUGCGUGUGCGAAGCGGUAGACCUUUUUCUUCAACAACAGCAGCCGCAGCAGCAGCAGGAGAAUAAUGACGACAACAACAACAACAACAACAACAAAGGAAAACGAGUGGCGAUAAAAAAGUUGUCGGAUAUUUUUCAGACGAGGUACGAGGCGAGGAGAGUGUUUUUGGAGAUUGAGUUUAUGAGGAGGACGAAUCAUAGGAACGUCGUCGGGUUGGUUGGUUUGGAUGCGCUGCUUCAGAAGAUGCUGUUGCCGAGAGAUACGAGAAGGAGGAGGAGGAAGUCUUUUGGAGGAAGUGAUGGCUACCGAACAGAAGAAGAAGAAGAAGAAGAAGAAGAAGAAGAAGAAGAAGAAGAAGAAAAGGAGGAAGACUUUGCGGACGUCUACUUGAUCAUGGAGCUCAUGGAUACGGAUUUGAAUCAAAUCAUCAAGUCCAAUCAGACGCUUUUACGCGAUCACGUGAUCUAUUUCUUGUAUCAAACUCUUUUAGGUUUGAAACAUAUUCACGAUUGCGGUAUUUUACACCGAGAUUUGAAACCGUCGAAUUUAUUGGUCAACGCAAACUGCGAUUUGAAAAUUUGCGACUUUGGAUUAUCGCGACGGGCAAAAAUUGUUGAUAACGAUGAAGAGAUUGAUGAUGAUACGGUGAUGACGCCGUCAUCGUCGUAUGAACGAAUGGAUGCCGCGAAAUACUUGGUGCAGCGUACGUCUUCAUGUUCCUCGUUUAUGCCAAUCGACAAUCUCGCGGAAGACGUCAGAAAAUUUGCCGAAGACGAAGAAGAAGCAAAAUCGCGAGGAGCUGGCCAGGAACGCCCCGACGGAGGAAUGACGGAAUACGUAGUCACGAGAUGGUAUCGAGCGCCAGAGCUACUCGUUUCAAACUCGACGUACACGGAGAAAAUUGAUGUUUGGUCCGUUGGAUGUAUUCUCGGAGAGAUGUUAAAGAGACAACCGCUCUUUCCGGGUUUCGAUUACAUCAAGCAACUGAUCUUGAUUGUGAAUACGCUCGGCACGCCGUGCGAAAACGAUAUGGCCGAGGUAGAGUCUCUGAAGGCUCGGAAAUUUAUCAAGUCUUUGAACGACGGCGCGCCGAUUCAGAAAAUACCAUUCGCGGCGAUGUUUCCGCAAGUUGAUCCGCUUACCAUCGAUUUACUCGAAAAAAUGCUCGAAUUUAAUCCAAAGACUCGGAUAAGCGUUACCGAGGCGCUUUAUCAUCCACUGUUCGACGGGUUGCGCGACGCUCACCAAAUUCAGAAAGAUUAUCUCGAUACGCAUCAGUAUCUCGCAAGCACCGUCAAGGUUCCAAUCCCAAACUAUGAGAGAAGUAAACCCCUGGAUGUUGGGGUGUACAAACAGAAGAUUAUUGAGCAAAUACGUUUGAUGCAAUCAAAUGUAAACUGA